AUGAGUGUUAAUUCAGAUGACACUGAACCAAUUAUAAAGAGAAUUAAAUCUAAGGACAUAGAAAAUGAUUCAAGCAAUGCUUUAGAUGAGAAAAGUAAUACAGAUCAAAAUUCUGGACAUCGAGAGAAUGUACUUUUAACAGAUAAAAAAGGUGAUGCAAUGUCACUAUCGAAUAAUGACGAGGAUGACAAUUUAUUUCCAUUUCCUCCAGAUGAUGACAUAACAGAUAUGUUACAAGGAGUAAAAUAUCAAGGAUCAUUUCCUACAAUUACAGAGAGAUAUUUUACUGCUUAUUAUAAAUUAAAUGUACAAUGCCCUGCAGAUGAUAUUUGCAUUUUAAUGCACAGUAAUCGCAUUUGUAUGCUUACUUUGGCUCCAAGUCAUGUAGCUCUUCGAAAUGAUGUACAAAUAACAGAAGUAGACUUUAAAGUUAGUAAUAAACUAGAUAGAGUUUUGAACAAAGUUUCAGGUAAGAGUAAACAUGGUGCUCAACCUUUGCAAACAAAUUCUAAUAUUUGCAUAAUUACUUGUUCAAAUGGCAAAACAUAUACUAUAAAAUGUUGCAUAAUUGGGAAAUUAGUGGAAGUGAAUGAAGCAUUAUUACAAAAUCCAAAACUUUUGUUAGAACCUCCACAUAAAGGUGGUUACUUAGCUAUAGUGCUUCCAAACAUAAAACUUUUAGAUAAAAUGAAAGAAUCCUUGCUGACACAAAAAGAAUAUGAUCUAAAGAUAUUCGAGCGUCAGAAUACUACAAAGCAUUUAGAAAUAUCAGAAAAAUGUACAAUGCACGCUUCGUUACAAAAUGAUUUAAAAACAAAUACUAAAAAUCAAUUGGACUGUGAUGAACAUCAAAUUUCAUUAUCUACUACAAGUUGA